CAGGUUUAUAAUGGAACUGGCAGUAUAAGGAGCACUCACCGACAGUCAUGGAAUAUCAAUGGUUUCCCGGCACUAACCGAAAGUGAAGGUCAGACAAUAUUUGGGGGCCCUCAUCGACAGUUAUCGACAGAAGGAUUUCGGAACUCGCCGGCGAUCAAAUACUCAUUGACGGUCAACAGCGGAUGUUUGGAAAUAUUGACAAGAGAACAGCAAACCAAACUACACACAGUGUGGGUUCAGAGGAUACGUUAUCAAUGAUGCCGAGUUUUUUGCUUGUACUAGCAUUGUCCGACAAUCUAGCAGCGAAGAGGAUUAAAAGGGAAAGUAACCGCUGCUGGGAUUUUGACGAUCGUUAUAAAUAUGGACGUUAUGGCUGAGUUUCUGACAAAAAUGGCGGCACCAAGCCAAGCAAAAGAUGAUGGAUUUAUUUUUGUUUACGAUCGAAGGGAAAAAGAUGCACCUGAAAAGACAAUAAGCACGCAGAAGAUAUUAUCAUUUUCGGAUUUGAAAGCUAAAAUUAUUGAGGAGUUUGGAUUGAAGAAGACGGACAAGUUUGUCAUAUCAACCACUAACAGAGAGGAAGUCAAUGACAAUGACUCGUGGGACGUUGUGGGUUCGGGCGAGACACUGUACCUUCUCAAAAACCUGGAUCAAGAGUUAUGUGCCCCUGCCCGGGAACGAGUCAACUACCUACCUCACUACGACACCAUCGUCAAGGGCGGCAUGUACGAAUACUAUGCCUCUGAAGGACAGAACCCGCUACCGUACGCUUUUGCCGAGUUGAUAGACAAUGCCCUGGCUGCCACCAGGAAUAAUGAGGGGCCCAGGAACAUCGAAAUCAGAGUGAACCUAGAUGAGUCUACAAUCUACGUGCUGGACAAUGGGAAGGGCAUGACGUCACGCCAGCUCAACAACUGGGCCAUCUACAGGCUCUCCAAGUUCAUACGCAAGGACAAACGAUCUAAAGUAAACCUUGACGAGACCGUCGAAGAAGAGGAAUCGUUUGUCGAACAAGAUGCACCCAAGUCCCUCAACAGCGAUAUAUCAUACUUUGGUGUGGGCGGGAAACAGGCCGUGUUCUUCAUUGGCAAUGCUACACGGAUGAUAUCCCGUCCAGUUGGCUCAAAGGACGUGCACGAGUUGACCAUCUCAAGGGAGGAGUUCGAGAAGAAGGAGAAGAACCAUGAGGAGAUCUACAGUGGCUUCAUCCGCAACAGAAAGCCGGGUGAUGCGGCUCAUGUUUCCAAAGAAGACGAGACUCUGUGUAGCCUGAUAGGAGAGGAGCCCGGCCGGGAUCAUUUCACUGCCGUCAUAGUACAGGGCGUGAGCAAGGAGCACAUGCUUUACCUGAAGGAGAAACUCAAAGAGUGGACACGACAACUCGCCCACAUCUACCACUACUACUUACAUGGCCCAAGUGGCAAUGUAGAGCAUGCUGAUGAAAACACCAGGGCACCAUCGCCAUUCAAAAACAUUGACAUUGAGGUCAAAUUGUAUCAAACUCGCAACCCAGUUCCCAAAACCAUCAACCUCCGGGACAUAGAUAACGACAUGCAGACCCAGUUUGUUCGCGGGGCUGCAAGUACAUUUGAAUUUAACGCCGUCAUCGAGGGGGCGAAGGUGGAGGGGGUGUUGAGGUAUCAUCCCUUCUUGUACGACAGGGAGACAUACCCCAUGGAUCCAUAUGAGAAACCUGAAAUGACUCUAGAAGAUGAACAUGGUUAUGCUGUGAGUGAGGUGCCAGCCAGGGGGAGGAGACCCAUCUUUGAGUGCUUCUGGAAUGGCCGCCUCAUACCCUAUACCAUGAUUGACAGCUUUGAGUGGUGCAACCCAACAAAAAAAUCCAAGAAUGUCCCUUCUGAAUGCUGUAACAGGGUGUCUGGUGUGUUAUGGACGGAUGACAAUUUCCAAGUGAGCACCAACAAGUUGACCUUCAUUGACCUUGAACUCAAACUGAGGGAUAAACUGGCCAGCUUCUGCAGGGUUCUUAAUGGACAGGAAAAGCGCACCUCUAUAGAGAAGGAGUUUAUGGGCUGGUUGAGGGAGUGUCAUGAGCAGUUUGACAAGCAGAUCCACUUCACUGAGUACCAGGGACAAAUCGUGAGGCUCGACCUGCCCAAGAACAGGCAGACUCCGUGGGCUGCGUAUAAACAGGUCGAAUGGGACGGGAAGGUCUACAAGGCUGGACAGAUGGUGCGUAUAGUGCGGACCCUGCCGUUCUUCCUGGGAACUGUCAACCGGAUCCUGCUUUACGGGGACCAUGAAGGAGACACGUAUGCCACUGGGGGUGAUCUUGAGGUCAUACAGGAGCCGAGGUCGCUGUACAACGAGGUGAAGAUAGUUCCCCUCUCAAAGCUAGACAGGACAGUGAACAACCAGAUGGUGAAGAAGUUCAUCGAGGACGAGGAGGCAAAGCUGCCCAGUGAGCUGGAUAUUUCAUUCCCUGAGGGAAACAGGGUGGUCAACAAUGAGAAAAGGAAGGCCGGUAAACCCAUAGGUGACAUCAAGAUAGAGAUCAUCAACAAGAAAGGCGACAAGGUGAAAAGUCUGCCAGGAAAGGAACAGGCUAACAAGAAACUCCUGGUCGAGUUGAAAGUCAUCUGGCAUGCGGCGGGAGGUGACCAGACUAUAGUAUCUCACAUCAGUCAGCAUGGCAAGAACUGGCCGUACUGGUUCAGGAAGAUGGAGAAUGUGAACUACCUUGGAAACUACACACUCACCCUGCAGGUGGUUCUUAACGAGAGUGGGGAAAACACAUUUGCCGGCAGGGAGCUUCCUGGACGGAAAUACAAGUUCCAGGUUGUAGAGGGAGAGGCUGAGAGGUUCUCUGUAGGUCAUUUGGAAGGGCCAUUUAGGGUCGGAGUGCCCUUCAAUAUUCCCUUAGAACUGCAAGAUGCGUACGGUAAUCCGGCCAAGAUUGAUAUGGGCAAGGUGGAUGUGAAGUCAAUAACCCCUGUUCUAGAAGCAAGUGGCCUGGAACUGGCUUAUGGGGGCACGUCAACCAAGGGUCACACACUGACCAUCAAGGAUGUUGAGGCUCAAGGUCAAGUACAGGGAAACACUGGCAAGAACUUUAGUUUGACAAUCACAGUGCCAGAGUUGAACAAAUUUGCCCAGGUGUUGAAAAUCAGACUUCUACCAGGUCCUGCCAGUAUUCUAAGUGUAAGCCCUGAAGAGGAGCUAUCAGUGGUGAAUGGGUCGGCCCCGAUAUACCGCGUACAGAUUCAGGAUGUGGCGGGUAACCCUACCAUACUGGAGGGCAGACAGAGCAUUGUGUGUAAGUUGUCAGGUGCUCCGGGCCUGCCCAGCUACUCCCUGGACAGUCUCAGUAUCAACGGGGGGAACCUCACAGGGGAGUCGAUUUUUCUCAAAAAGAUCAAGUCAAAUACCAAGCUUACAGCAAAAUUCGAUGUUCAGGGAUCUAAGACCAUAAAGCCUGUUGAACGUAAGAUGGUGGUUGUCCCGAGUGGUAAGAUAUGUGACAUGAAAGUGUGCUACCCCGACCCCGACACCAAGAAACAGAUAACCAUCACCAACGGCAUGGAGAUUAUCAUAAGGGCUGGAGAAACCCUGGAGGUGCUUACGUAUAAGCUGUAUGAUGAGGGAGAGAGAGAGGUGGACAUCACUGAAAAGGUUGCCUCUAAGAUAAAGAUUAAUUGGCUAGCCAAGCUGAACAAGGACAUACUGAUGAAGGGCCAGUUACCAGGAAUCAAGGCCACUAACUCUGUAUUGGAGCUCAAGUACUGUCAGGUGUCUGUGGCAGAAAGCUCUGGCCUUGAGCUGGGAUUUGUACUCAAGACAACAGCGUGGGAACCACAUGGCCUUAACUGCACAUUGACUGGCUCCAACAAGAUCAGUAUUGGCCAGCCUUUGGCCGGUGAACUUCUGGUUAAGAUUAUUGACAAGUUUGGCAAUAAAAUUGAUAUGGAUGGUAAAGGUUUUGUGAAUGAGUUAGCGGCCCACAUCAGUGGAGAGGGGCUUAAGAAGGAGCUGUGUAAGAUUACAUAUGAUAAGCAACUGAUGUCAGCAAUAAUUAAAGGCAUAGUGUUUGAAGGUGGAACAAUUGGUAAAAAAGAGCUUCAGAUUCAGUGGAAGAGCCUCAAGGAUUAUGUCCGCCUAGAAAUGGUGGCAGGGCCUCCCGCAAAGAUCAAGUUCCUACACUAUAACCCUGAUGAGGAGCUAGUGUUAUACAACGAAAGCCAGUUCCCAAAGCCGAUUGUUGUACAGUUACUAGAUGAGGGUGAAAACCCGGCCCGGGUCGCCGACAUAAAGAUGCAGCUUGCUAAGGACACCAAACUAAAGUUGAUUCCCACCGUUCAACCUACCAAGACCAACAAGGAGGGCGUUGCAGACUUUGGCAUGUACACCAUCUCCUGCUCACAGGGAAAAUAUGAGGUGCAGCCGAAGGCGUUCAUCUCUACCAGUUUUGUCCUGUCUGGCCCUAAACUGAAGAUAUCCAUCCAGCCUGACCCCACACGCCCAGCCAGUCUCAAUGUGGUCUAUAACACCAAGUUGACUCUCGUAGUUGGACAGUCUUUGCCUGAGUACACAGUGACAGUGGUAUCAGAGGAUGGUAGUCCGCUGACCACGGCCAAGUGUUCCCAUGUGUCCCUCAAACUCUGGAAGUCUGAUGGCUAUGAUAGCAACAGUCUGCCCAGCAGGACCCUGUCACACAACCCUGAAACAACAAAGAAGUCUGAGGCAGGAGUCUUCCAUUUUAGGAACAUCGACACUCCGGAGGAGUCAGGCCCUUACAACAUCAUGUUUGUCUUCUAUGACGGCAAACAUCAACUCUUCAGCAGUGUGAUCCACACAAAGAUAGAGCCAGGAGUUCCUGUGAAGCUGUUUGCCCUGGAAGAGCUGGGUACAGCCACCAUCUCCAACAGUAAGAACGUCAACACCAGGUGCAUCGUCAGAAACCUUAAACUGGAACUCAGGGACAAGUUUAACAACCAUGUGACCCGGGGCAUGAACGGCUGUGUGAACGUCCAAGUGUCGUGUCCCACAGAUGAGAAAGAGCUCCCAAUGUUACAUGGGACAAGCUCCAAGUCUCGAGUGCUCCAGUUUACCCUGGCAGGGGGCAGCUGUACUAUACAGAUGGUAGCUAUCCAGGAGAACAGUCCUGGGAAGGAUGGCUGUCAGUAUGAACUCAACUGUAGCGUCGUGUGGUGUGAUCCUAUACCUGUUAAGACUACGCUGGAACCACUAUGUAUACCCUUCCUCUUCUAUAACGAUGCGAAGAAGCAGACGGAGAUGGCUGCACUGACCAAGGAGAGAGAUAGCCUCGUUAACGCCAUCAAGGUCUACAGGUCCCUGUUUGAGACAUCAGAACAGCUUAUACAGGAACUUAAAAUCUCAGUGAAGGAGAUGAAGUCAGAUGAGAACAGAUAUAGAGAGGAGUUGAGGAGACAGAAGGUCCCCAUAGCGAGCACUAAUUCUGUUGAAGGUGUUGAAAAGCUGCUGAAGGAGUAUAAUGAGAAGAAGUUGGAGGAGAGUAGCCGGAAACGUCGCCUGUGUGGGCUACAGACCAUUGCCGCUAAUGAUCCAGAUGUACUCGGCAAGAUAGGUCACCUGGCGUUGAUAUCAGACGAUGAUGCGGCCCGAGUACUCUCCUGGCACAUGUCUUCCGACAUGGACUGUGUCGUCACUCUUACCACUAAAAAGGCUAAGGAGAUCUACAGCAUGACGAGUGGUCGCCAGCAGGUGCUGCCUCUGGACUCCAUCUUCAAGAAGAGUCUCACAGAGUGGAACAAACCGCUGCCUCAUGUCAAGUACAAGCCCAACUGGCGCCCAGCAGGAAACCCCGUGUUUGCCAGGAACCUGCUCACAUUUGAGAAGAACCAGGACAUGUGUAAAACUGUGUUCUCAAUGCUGCUAGGAGACACAUUGUGGAUUGAUACCCUUGACCAGGCUAACAACUACAGAAUAGAGCUGGUGAAGUACACCAACUGCCCAACCAUCCUGACGAGAGAGGGUGACCGUAUACGUAGUAAUGGGAAGUUCGGGGGUCUCAUGAACAAGGCCCCUCCUGUUGAGAAAUUGAGAGGUGCCGUGUUUGGGGCACAGUUGCCUGAGGGAUACCAUAAAGUCUGCUCUGUCAUUGAUACCCUGACACGGCUACAUUCAGCUCUACAGACCCACAACACAGCCCAGGAAGAGCUUGAUGACCAGCUGGCCGUUAUCCAGGCUCCUGAGAUGCAGGCCAAGUAUGAAGAAUGUCGGGAGGUUGAGAAACAACUCAAGGAUCUUGAGAAACGUAUAGGUAUGACCUCACCACACAGAACUGUCACACCGAGCCUGCUACCGAAGAUACCAAAACGUACGCCAGACAGAGAAGAAGAGAACAAUCGAAGUGUUAAACGUCUUCGGGGCUCCCCAGCCUCCUCAGACAGUAACAGUGUAACAUCGGUCACCCCCUCCCUCCUCACCCCGACACGUCAAAGUCGACGUCUUGCUGCACAAAGUCCUGCUGAUGAGGGAAGGAAGAAGUUGAAAAAGUCAUGAUGGGAAAAACUAUGGAACAAAACUUUAUAAAUGUACUAUGUUUGAAACUGGAAGAAAUAUUAAUGAGAAUGGAAGUUCAAAUGAUAAACUGUUGUUAAAGUUUGUAGUCGACAAAUUGACGAGUGAACAAGUCUAGCAUCUCAGGAUUGGAAGAAGAAAGUACAAGGAAUGUGACAGCCCAUAGCAUCAAAAGGCAGAUGUUGCUUCAUCCCUGUUAAAUAUGUAAUUGGAUGGUUGAAAGCAAAUUGGUUUUGACGAUUGUGUGGAAAAAAGCUUGUCAUGGAAAUAUGUCUCAAAUGUUCACAUUGCGCUUAUGACUUAACUCUUUUACAGACACUGUAAGUACAUCAAUGGUACCGAGUCCAAAAGUUUAACUACAUUUACUUCUGAUUGUAUAAGCAGGAAGGUUAACUAAAAGUGUAUUGAAUAGAAGUUGCACAACUGUUCAAAACUGUUUGAAACAUUUGCAAUUGAAAGCGUUAUGACUGUCAAGUUGUGCACUUAGUUUUUGUGUUUGCCUAAAAAGGCAACAUAUCUAUAACUCUUUGUCAUCAGUCGCAGCAGUGUCAUCAAUAUUUUGUUAUAACUUAAGUAUUUAUUUUCCAAUCAGGAUGAAACUUGGUGUGUUUGUGUGCAUAAUGUCUGGGUCAAGUUUGAUUGUUCAGUUAAUCUAGAGUUGACCCAUUGUACGUUUUAUAUAGUAAUUUUAUGUCUUGACAGUAACUUUUUUACCAAAUCAUGAUACAACUUGUUGACGAGUUUUUUUAGACAUAACAUCUUGGUCAAGUGUGAUUGAUUGGCAAAUUGUAUCUGUAACUCACUUUACUUCAAAGUUUUAAAAAGUUUUAGUUUUACAAAGCUCCUUCGAAUUUUAAAUUUGUAUAUAACCGAUUCCGUGGAAUUCUAGUGCAGAGAGAGUAUCAUUUUGUAAUCCUCUGUUGUGAGAACUGACAAAUGGGUGUUUGUAUGGAAUGCAUUUGCUUUUGGUGGUUGUUUGUGCGCCCUGUGAAGCAUCGGGUUAACUUUGUCUCAAAUAGUCAUCACACUUUCACUACCAAUCAAUAACUUCUGAACUAUUUGGUUAUAGUCAUUAAACUUUGUAUGAACUUUGGUCAUGGUCAGUAGAUGACCCUGGUCAUGGUCAGGAGGUGUCCAGGUCAUGGUCAGUAGAUGACCCUGGUCGUGGUCAGUGGGUGACCCGUGUCAUGGUCAGUAGAUGACCCUGUCAUGGUCAGUAGGUGUCCAUGUCAUAGUCAGUAGAUGACCCUGGUCAUGGCCUGUAGUUGACCCCUGUCAUGGUCAGUCGAUGACCUCUGUCAUGAUCAGUAGGUGAUCCCUGUCAUGGUCAGUAGUUGACCCCUCUCAUGGUCAGUAGGUGAUCCCUGUCAUGGUCAGUAGGUGACCCUGUCAUGGUCAGUUGUUGACCCCUGUCAUGGUAUGUAUGUGAUCCCUGUCAUGGUCAGUAGGUGACCCCUGUCAUGGUCAGUAGUUGACCCCUGUCAUGGUCAGUAUGUGUCAUGGUCAGUAAGUGACCCUGGUCAUGGUCAGUAGGUGUCCAGGUCAUGGUCAGUAGGUGAUCCCUGUCAUGGUCAGUAGGUGAUCCCUGUCAUGGUCAGUAGGUGGCCCCUGUCAUGGUCAGUAGAUGAUCCCUGUCAUGGUCAGUAGGUGUCCAGGUCAUGGUCAGUAGGUGACCCCGGUCAUGGUCAGUAAGUGACCCCUUUUGAUUUUGGUGUCAAUAGGUAAAAUAACAUAUAAAUAUUCUAGAAAUAUGAUGGGCUUUCCUGACACACAUUCAAUUUGCGGAAUUCUAGUGUAUUAUUUUAUUUUAAACAAGAAAAAGUGUUGUAUUAAUGUGUACUUGUAUAAAUGAUCUCAGUCCAUGUUUGAAACAUUUCAAUGUAUCACAAGUCCGUCAUUAAUCAACUUCAUAUUACAUAAAAUAUACAUACAUGUUUGUUUUGUAGUUGACAUUGUAAUCCAUAACUUGAAUUGAACCAUACAAAUUCAUUUGUCCAUUGAAAUGUUUCUCCUCAUGCAUGUACAUUUUUGUCAUGAACCUUUUGUUGUAUCCUCAUGUAGAGUUCAUGUUAGUCUAUUAUUGCUGUUGUUAAGAAUGUAUAGUGAAAUUCAUCAAAUAUGUAUAUAGCACAGAUUUACAGUCAUUUAUAAUCUUUGUCUGGAUAUAGCUUUGUUGUUAAUGUCACCACAGUGUUCAUUGUAAAACUCAUUGUACAUGUAAAAGUAUGUUUAAAACCAUAAUCAGAAUUAUUCCUUAUUAAUACAUCAUUCAUGAAUAUAGCUUAGUAAUAACUUAAUUGAUACACUAUUACCAAAAUAUAUUAGUUACCCACCUGCCUAUUUAUAAAUGUAGAAUAGCAUGCAUGUUGAGAUGUUAUUUGAUUAUUAAAGCUCGGUUUGAAAAGAUGAUAGAACUUGGCAUGAUGAAAUUCACAUUUAAAAGCAUACAAGUACCCCGGUAACAGUAAAUGAUAGUUUAACAAAAACUUUUCAGGAAAAAGAUAAAGUUUGACCAAAACUUGUAAGGAAAAUUAUUUAAUUUAGCCACAACUUGUAAGUUGAAUAUAAAGUUAACCACAACUUGUAAGUUGAAUAUAAAGUUUAGCCACAACUUGUAAGUUGAAUAUGAAGUUUAGCCACAACUUGUAAGAUGAAUAUGAAGUUUAGCCACAACUUGUAAGUUGAAUAUAAAGUUAACCACAACUUGUAAGUUGAAUCUGAAGUUUAGCCACAACUUGUAAGUUGAAUAUGAAGUUUAGCCACAACUUGUAAGUUGAAUAUGAAGUUUAGCCACAACUUGUAAGUUGAAUCUGAAGUUUAGCCACAACUUGUAAGUUGAAUCUGAAGUUUAGCCACAACUUGUAAGUUGAAUAUGAAGUUUAGCCACAACUUGUAAGUUGAAUAUGAAGUUUAGCCACAACUUGUAAGGUAAAUAUGAAGUUAAGCCACAACUUGUAAGUUGAAUAUGAAGUUUAGCCACAACUUGUAAAUUGAAUAUGAAGUUUAGCCACAACUUGUAAGUUGAAUAUGAAGUUUAGCCACAACAUGUAAGUUGAAUAUGAAGUUAAGCUAUAACUAGUAAGGUAUAUUAUGAAGUUUAGCCAAUAUUUAUAAGGUAAAUUAUAAAGCUAGUGGAUAUGCUUCAUCUUUAUGCUUUUAAAAAACUACCUUUGAAUUUAUAUUUUAAAGAAACUGAUAAAAGUUAUUGUAAAUAUAAUCACCCUGUGUUUGUAUUGUUGUGAAGUUAUACCUGUUUCAUCUGUUCAGUGUUGUAUAGUUGCCAGUGAUGUGUUGGUAUUCCUCCUGUACAAAUGUUUAUAUUUUGGUAUUUGUACUCAAUGGAAUAAAACAUCAAAACUUG